AAUAUUUCCAAUGACAAAGCGCUGUGUCUCUAUGAAACUAAUGGAGUGACUCAUACAUACUUCCUCAGCCUAUCCCAGGCUCUGUUUGUCAAUGUUAUCUGUGGACCUUUGCACCUCCCACUCUCAGCACGCCUUACAUUACAAAUCCAUUUACUGCUUACAGUCAGUUUCAAGGGGGACAUCUCUCUGAGAACAUAAACCAACUGAGGAGAAACUUACUGAGGGGAGAAGUUUUACAGCAGCCGGUCAAAAUGUGCACAGGAAAAUGUUCCCGCUGCAUUGCAGUUGCUCUGUAUCCGCUGGUCCUCAUAUCCAUAAUCUGCAACAUUGUGCUGUUCUUUCCUGCCGGAGAUGUCAAAUACGCUAACGACGGGCACAUCACAGAGGAGGUGAAAUACAUGGGGGGGCUUAUAGGAGGAGGCGUCAUGGUGCUGAUCCCAGCUCUCCACAUUCACUUGACUGGAGCACAGGGCUGCUGUGCAAAUCGCUGUGGGAUGUUUUUAUCCAUUGCGUUCGCUGCCCUGGGUGUGGUUGGCGCCCUGUACAGCCUCGCUGUGGCAGCACUGGGCUUGAAGAAUGGGCCCUUAUGUAGAAAUGUGCUGUUUCUGUGGACAACACCGUUUAAAGACAGUGGCAGCGAUUACCUGACAGACCAAUCAUCGUGGGCGAGGUGUAGAGAGCCGGAGAACAUUGUGGCGUUUAACAUCGGACUGUUCAGCACUCUGCUGGCCACCAGCUGCCUGCAGCUCAUUCUCUGCGCCGCUCAGAUGAUAAACGGGCUCUUUGGCUGUCUGUGUGGGACCUGCGUAGACAAAGGGCCCCUGUGAGGUCCUGGCAGCUGACUGGCACUCUCUGGUGGAAAACUGACUGUAGUCCACUUGGCAGCAAGAAAUAUUCCCAUUAAAAUUAUUUUCUACUUUUUUUUAUAUUGUUGUAUGUUAUAUAUUAUUUUAAAAGCACGGCAAAAUCCUAAAAGGAGCAUAGCAUUUGGCCAGUGGUAUGACCUGUAGAUGCAUAUGACAGGUAGUUUAUUUUGCUUGUUUGGUCAGCUCAAGGAACCUGUUCAUGAUUCCCAUUUUUAAAAAUUCAGGGUUUGUUUGAAAAUGUUUUCAAGCUUAAAUGUAAAAGAUAAAUUAAUGAAAACAAUCAAAUAUUAAGCUGUGUGCUGUGUUGCUUCUGUUAUCAUAUCCUCUAAAUGUGAUUGUUUUAUGCCACAUUUUUGUUUGCUUUUAUCUUCUGUGCUCUCUGUGCCUUUUUGACUUUUGCAAACCUGUGAAAAGUGCUACAUAAAUAAAGCCUACUUACUGAACUCUAACAUGUGACAGGUUUCAAGUUACAAAUCUAUAAAACAUGUUUUUUGGAACCUUUGCCAAAUGCAAUGUGCAGGCGGGAGUUGAGCACCAUAAAGACUGACAGUGUGAAUGUACACAGACACACACACACAACCACAUGCACACACACAGUGGUGACCCAGGAGUGGAACAUUACAGGUGCACAAAACAGACAUCACUGCUGGACCA